GGGGGCGCCGCUCGCAGGCUGGGAGCACCGGCGAGCGGCGGAGGCUCGCCCGGGCCGCGGCCAUGGACCGCUUCGUGUGGACCAGCGGCCUUCUGGAGAUCAACGAGACGCUGGUGAUCCAGCAGCGCGGGGUGCGCGUCUACGACGGCGAGGAGAAGAUAAAGUUUGAUGCUGGGACUCUUCUUCUUAGUACGCACCGGCUGAUUUGGAGAGACCAGAAAAACAAUGAGUGCUGCAUGGCCAUUCCUCUGUCCCAGAUUGUGUUUAUUGAGGAACAGGCGGCUGGAAUUGGGAAGAGUGCCAAAAUCGUGGUUCAUCUGCACCCUGCUCCUUCUAACAAAGAGCCUGGUCCGUUCCAGAGCAGUAAGAACUCCUACAUCAAACUCUCUUUCAAAGAACAUGGCCAGAUUGAGUUUUACAGGCGUUUAUCAGAGGAAAUGACACAGAGGAGAUGGGAGAAUGUGCCAGUUUCCCAGUCGUUACAAACAAACAAAGGACCCCAGCCAGGAAGAGUAAGAGCUGUAGGAAUUGUUGGCAUUGAAAGGAAACUCGAAGAAAAGAGAAAAGAAACUGACAAAAACAUUUCUGAGGCCUUUGAAGACCUUAGCAAGCUAAUGAUCAAGGCUAAAGAAAUGGUGGAGUUAUCAAAAUCAAUUGCUAAUAAGAUUAAAGAGAAACAAGGUGACGUCACAGAAGAUGAGACCAUCAGGUUUAAGUCCUACUUGCUGAGUAUGGGAAUAGCCAACCCAGUUACCAGGGAAACCUACGGCUCAGGCACACAGUACCACAUGCAGCUCGCCAAACAACUGGCUGGAAUAUUGCAGGCGCCGUUAGAGGAGCGUGGGGGAAUAAUGUCGCUCACGGAGGUGUACUGUUUAGUGAACCGAGCUCGGGGAAUGGAGUUGCUCUCACCAGAAGAUUUAGUGAAUGCGUGCAAGAUGUUGGAAGCUCUGAAACUACCUAUCAGGCUUCGGGUUUUUGACAGUGGUGUCAUGGUAAUUGAGCUUCAAACCCACAAAGAAGAGGAAAUGGUGGCCUCAGCCCUGGAGACAGUUUCAGAAAGAGGAUCCUUAACAUCGGAAGAGUUUGCCAAACUGGUGGGGAUGUCUGUCCUUCUGGCUAAAGAAAGGCUGCUUCUCGCAGAGAAGAUGGGCCAUCUUUGCCGAGAUGACUCCGUGGAAGGCUUGCGGUUUUACCCAAAUUUAUUUAUGACACAGAACUAAGAAUUUUGUACCUUUUGUCAAUACACUUGGCAUUAUGCCAAGGUCAUAUGACAUUGAGCUGACAAAUGAACACAAAUAAACCAAGAGUUUGUUAGAACUUCACAGUAUAAUAUAAAACUCUUAAUCUUUCCCUAAAAUUAUGGCCUCAGAACUGUAUGUAGAGUGUACGUAUAGGAAAAUAGAGAAAAAAACGAGUGUGCAUAUGCAUUUAAAGUCAUGCUAUAGUUGUAUAAGCUCUUGGAAUUUAACUUGAAACAUGGUGGAUUUUAAUUUGAUCCUUGAAUCUAGGUCCUCGGGGAAGAAGUGAACUUGCAUGUUUGGGUCAAUCAGAUAAUCGUUUUUCUAUGACUAAACUUCACCGAAUUGUAAAUGUUUUUCUCUGCAUCUGACGUGCCCAUCUUGGGCAUUCAUGAAGGAAGUAACAGCUACACUGUGGUUUAAGAACCACCAGCACUGGAAUAAAAGGUCAAACUGUAGAGUGCUGUGCCAGGCUCUUCCUUGGGGUCUUUGGAAGCAAACGUAGGUGUGUCUCUACCAGAUCAGAUAAAACACCCUUGAAAAAGGAGAGGACUAGGGUCUAGCUUACUCGGAGAGCAUUUGCCUAGAGUGCAGAGGCCUCAGAUUUCAGACCUCCCACCCACAUAACAGGGGAAAGAGGGAGUGAGAAACUAUUAUGCAUUUACUCCUCAGUUAGGUUCUUUUUCAUUUUUAAGUGAUAAUUUCAUGACUGGCAUUUUUAAAGACUGCAGCAGUAUCAUUUUGUGUAAGAAACGUGGAUUUUGACACUGAAUUAAAGAGCUAUGUAGACACACUCAGAGUUGUGAUUACAAGUCUGAGAGUUGGAUAGUUCUGGAAGGGCAUUAACUGCAUAGGACCUUAAUUGCUCUUUACUUGGAAGCCAAGGAUGUGAAAUAGGAAGUAGAAAAGUUGGCAGAUCUCCUUUCUCCUCUCACAGUUGGGAGUCCUAACACUCAACUAGAAAUGUUCUCAUCAUCGUCCAGCCAUCUCCCCUUGCCCUACAUGCUGUAAGUUGUAUGGAAGAAGCACCUGAGAGGAAAGUAUGUUGAUAGAAAAGCUGGCUUUGUCCCCUGUAGAUGGCUGGAGUUUUUAAGUGGGUUGCCUGACUUCAUAUGUAUAGCACGUUGGCAUUACCUCAGACUCAGGGAGCCCAUUUAGAGGCUUAGCUGGAAGUGGAAGGGGCCCUGGAGCUACAGGGAGGGGUGCCUAGGCUCACAGGAGCUUGAGGAUCCUCUCUGGAUGAGGUGGAGGCCACUGCAGAUGCCCUGUGGAGAAAUUGCCAGUGUCCUCAGCUGCAAACCAGGGAACCCCACCUCUGAUCCCUUCCUGGGAAGUGGCUGUCCGUUACCUCUGUCCUCCAGUAUCGGGAGAAUACUGUGGCCAAGGCAGCCUCCUUUAGUGUUGUCUUUCAAGUCUGUCACUUAUUUCAGUUGUGGUGAAAUCUCCCCUAAGCACCUCAUUGUUUAUCUCAGGUUUACUUUAUGGUUACUUCAGUGUUGGCUAUCCCAAUCUUCUAGGGAUUGGUUGGACCAUUGUGCCAGUUUAUUAGAAUGUCUUACCUCUCUCAGCUGCACAUAGUCUGUCACAUGGCUCUGGUGGACUUACACAUACACACACACACACACACACACACACACACACACCCCUUAUCUGACUAAGGUCUUUAAACCAACAAGUCAUUGAUAAUCUGUUCUACCACUUAGACUGGUUGUAAGGUUGUUAGGUUACAGAGGUUGCUGAAUCUCACUCUAAUGGUUUGGAUUCAUCACAACAAACACAUAAUACACUUGUUCAUUCAGUGUGACUGCAGAUUAACAAAAAGUGGAGCAAUCUGAGUUGUAGAAUGUGAAUGAAAGAUGAAGCAAAGUGACAUAAAUAUACUUAGAAAAAGACACAUUGAUAAAAAAUGAUUUUUUAAAAUAACUGUUUCCAGACCUUGUUUUAUCUUUUUGACUGUUUUUCUUGCCAAAUGUGUUGUUGUGGUCCUUUAGGUACAGGCUGUGUUUAAAUACAAACCAAUCAAGCCCUAGGUGCAAAAAUGUUCUGCUUUGGUGCUCCUCACUGUAUAAUUUUUGUUCUCUCACUUUGCUCUUAGGAAAAUGAAUUUCUUUGUAAAUUUAAAAUGGAAUAGUUUAGUCACUGUAAAGAAAAAUAAUUUACAUUAUAUAAUCAAAGACUGUUUCCAGGGUUAGAUGAUUGGUGUUAUUGUAUAGAGUCAAAUUAUUGUGAAACUUUAAACUAAUUUUCUUACCUUGGUGUUCUUUUUACAAUUAUCUGUAAAAUACAUGAAAAUGAUAAAUGUUUAGUCACACUAAGCCGGUAUGAGAAUUUUUCUAUUUUAUAAUUAUUAAGCAUUGCUUAUGAGUUGUCUUUGAGGUUUUAUAAUUUUGUUAUCUUAAAAAUGGGAAAUAACUUAUAAGUUUUUAAAAACCUCUUGAUUCAGAUCUCACUGUGGACCAAUUGUGUGCAUUCCCCUAGAUGUGUUACCAUAUGUUCCUGGUUACUAGACUAAGCUGACCAGAAUAUCUGGUUAUCAGUUUCACACACAAAUAUUUAAAAAGGUUAUCUUUUGCCCAACAAUCUCUGCAUCUUCAUUUUAGUACAGUGGAGUCACAACUUGUUAGGUGGCUAGGUUUUAAAAACUUUGCCUAAGGUCAAAAUAAAGUAUGCUCAAAAUGA